AUGCCGACAGAGCUAGAAGAGCUUGUCGAAUUCCUCCACCAUGGAAACACCCCGAUCAGACAGAUUGCAUGCGAAAAUCUAGUGGGCUUUUCGGUCUCACAACCAGAACUUUUCAAACGCCACCAGCUUCUCCCAGUCCGUGACUUGAAGCUUUUGGUCCGCGACUACACACCUAUCGCCAAAAAUGCGAUAACAAUACUUAUCAACCUUUCGGCCGAUGAUGAAGUCUUAGCGGCUCUUGCGGAAGACGAUGCUUUCGUCGAAACCCUCUUAGUUAAAUUGACGAAUGUCAAGGAGCCGAAUGCGGAUGAUGUCGCCAUGUUGUUCGCCAACCUCGCGAAAUCAGAAAAAAUGAAAAAAUUGCUCGCGCUGAAACGGAAGGUUCCUGAGGGGGUAUCCAGUUCUGCUAAUGCGAUCGAUCAGCUGAUGGACUGUUUCGUCAAAGGGGCCGAGGGCACCCUUAACAAAAACGCCAACUUCGACUAUCUGUCCUAUUUGUUUGCUGAUCUCUCAAAAUAUGAGGAAGGGCGGGCCUAUUUCACUACAAAGCAAGAGUACGAUGAUGUUGUGCCAGUGACGAAACUAACCGUGUUCACGGAACACGCGAGCGGGAUCCGGAGAAAGGGAGUCGCGUCAACUAUCAAAAACGUCGCAUUUGACCUGCCUUUCCAUCCCAAACUCAUGUCUGAAGACGAGGCUGAUAUUCUUCCCUAUAUCUUGUUGCCUAUCAUGGGCCCUGAGGAAUAUGAUGACGAAGAAUCUAUGGAUAUGCUGCCAGAUCUCCAGCUGCUGCCGCCCGACAAACAGAGAGACAGCGACACUAGUAUCAUUGUGACACACCUUGAGACUCUGCUGCUGCUCACCACGACGCGUGAGGGACGGGAUAAGAUGAGGGCCAUCAAAGUAUAUCCUAUAAUCCGAGAAUGUCACCUCCAUGUUGAUGACGACGCUGUUCGGGAAGCCUGCGAUAGGCUAGUUCAGGUUUUGAUGCGGGAUGAAGAGGGCGAAGAAAAGCCGCAUCCCCCUAUCGACAGGAAUGUAUAUGAUGAUGACCAAAAGGUUGAGGAGCUAUUCUAA